CGAGAUACAGUGCGUGGAAUAGCCGCGUGUUGCAAAUUGCACAAUCGAUCGGCAAUCAACAAACCCACGAAUGAACACAACGCGAGUGAAAUCCUAACUCUUUCGCAUGUCCGUCGUACAUGAGAAACGGUGCUCAAACAGUAGUAGUUCAUCACGUACAAGUCAAUUUGGCAGCAAAAGGAGGAUAUGGAGAACACGGAGCACCAGAACAUAGAAUUAAUUGGCGUCUUGCAGUGGAACCGUUCAGAAGAUAACGGGAAUGAGCAUAGUGCAAUCAUGUACGAAGAAUGGAAGUGGUUCUGCGGGGCUAACAACACUGACCUUUCUACCGACCUCUCCAGUGAAUGGGUCGGCAACACGUGCUUCAUAAACGGACUGGCAUUUCUGCCGCAUGUCACAUUCAUAAUCGUUUUUGCCCUUGCGCUCUUCCUGCUGGGAUGUGUCUGCAGUUACCGUAAACGGGGCAACACCAAGUAUGUCCUGUGUUAUCCGGGUCACACGGUGCGGUGGCUGGUAAGCCUCGGGUCGCUGUUCGUUCUUGCAGCGGCCAUCGGCGAGGGAUUUAUGACGGACGAGACGUACCGGGCAUGGCAGCAUUCAACGCAACCCCACUAUUACGCCCCCGGUGCCGCUGCCUUCCUUGCCAUGUUCCUUUCUCUCAUCUACAACCACCAGAUGGAGCUAUGGCAGAUACCUUCCAUGUCCAUCUUGCUUAUGAUCUAUUGGGUCUUGGCCUUGAUCGGAGAAUCACUACAGCUAGCUGACCUCAAGCACCACAAUAUAGUCGACGUCACCGUGCUUCGGUUUGAUCUGACGGUACUGAAGGUGAUCGCAUACGGCAUCCUCCUUCUGAACGAAAUAAAUUUGAUCAGAAUAAAGGUUGUUGGAACCAGUAAGCGCAAAACAGUCAACGAAGACCUCCAAAACCCCAACAUGCGCUUCAUGGACGACUACGUGAGCCUCUUGUCAAAAGCAACCUACUGGUGGAUGAACUGGGUGUUUGUGCAAGGCUACAAGAAGCCUCUGGAACACAACGACCUUGGGGACAUCCCGGAAAGACAUAAGGCCCAUCACAACCACAAACUGUUCCAAGAGGCUUUCGACAGGGAGCUGGAUCGGGCAAAGAGGAAGGACACCAAACCAUCCAUGUUCAGGAUCUACAUUGAUGCCUACGGGCCAGUCUUGCUUGAAGCUGCAUUGUACAAGAUGAUAUCUGACGUCUUAAAUAUCAUUGGGCCUCUUUGUAUCGGAGCCAUCACGGGUUAUGUUACUACACUUUCGACUCCGACAGAUACAGAGCUGCCCGCUCCACAUUACGUGGAAUUCGGGGAGUUCUUCGCCAAUGGCUUCGUCCUGAUUGUGACUCUGUUCAUGGUGUUAACAGUGAGGGUAUGCAUCAUGAAUAUGCAUUUCAAAGUGGUUUUCGUGGUGGGUGCGAACGUCCGAGCGGCCAUACAGAGUGUGGUCUACAAGAAGGCGUUACGACUUGCCACCUUCACCCUUUCGGGAGGCCAGAUGUCCAUGGGCCAGGUCACCAACCACAUGUCCGCAGAUGCCGCUAAUGUCCAGGUCAUGUUUCAGUUCAUAAACUUUCUGUGGUCGGCUCCAUUUCAGAUCAUCAUAAUCCUGAUCCUCCUGUAUUUUGAAAUUGGUUUCUCGGCGCUCCUAGGAGCAUCCUUGUUCAUCGUCGUUCUCCCGAUUCAAUUCAAAGUUGCAGCCAUCCUUGCCAACAGACAGAAGCUUAUUUUGCGCUGCUCCGACAAGCGUCUCAAGCUAACCAACGAGCUUCUACAAGGAAUCAAGCUGUUGAAGAUGUACGCCUGGGAAGAGCUCUAUUGUAAGCAAAUCGAGGCGGUCCGCAAGAAAGAAGUGCUCCACUUACUCCACAUCAGUUUAUGCAUGAUCACCUCAGUGUCUAUUACAUUCGGAGUUCCAAUUUUGGUGACGUUAGUAGCCUUUGUGACCUUUGAGCCACUUUAUGGAACACCGCUGACACCUGCCAUCACCUUCUCUUCUUUGUCGUUCUUCAAUAUGAUCGCGAUUCCGCUCUUCAUGAUUCCCGUGUCGGUAUCUGGCAUCGUUGGCUCUAUCGUGAGCUCCAAUCGAAUUUUAAAAUUCCUCCUGGCUCCAGAGGUCGAGAGAGACAUUGGGGAACUUGAGGAGCAUGGAGAGACGCAGGAAAAUAACAAUUCAAAAGAGACAAAGAGGUAUAACGAUGCUAGCAAGGUACUGUUUCACAAGCUCGAUACCGACGAUGUGUAUAGCGAGCCCAUGAUCUCUAUCGGCAUCCAGACCGGUGACGCGAAUGAAGAGACAGAGCUAAUGACAAAUGGCAUCUCGCUGACAGAGUCCACAAGUUCACUUGUACCUUCCAAACCAAAUACGGACCAAAUAGCAAUAAAGAUCACUGAUGGCAACUUUUCGUGGGACCCUGAGAGUACGACACCUGUCCUGUCCAACAUAGAUGUGGAGAUUCCAGCAGGCAAGCUGACAAUGGUGAUUGGUCAGGUUGGAAGUGGAAAGUCAUCACUAUUGGCGGCCAUGUUGGAUGAAAUGACGACUCUCUCUGGGAAUGUACACAUUAAUGAAGAAAAGGGUAGAAUUGCAUUUGCGGCUCAGAAACCCUGGCUUAUGAAUGCUUCGAUGCGGGACAAUAUUCUGUUCACUACAAAGAUGGAGAAGAAAAGGUAUCAAGGGGUCUUGGAUGCAUGUGCGCUCUUACCAGACAUCGACAUUUUACCGGCUGGAGAUAAAACAGAGAUUGGAGAGAAAGGCAUCAAUCUGAGCGGAGGACAAAAGCAGCGUGUCAGCGUGGCAAGGACCAUGUACGCUGACAGGGAUAUCAUCAUUUUGGACGAUCCGCUGUCGGCGCUGGAUGUUCACGUCGGCCGUCAACUAUUCGAGGAAGGAAUCAUGAAACAGCUUGUGAACAAAAACAAAACAGUGAUUCUUGUAACCCACCAGCUGCAGUAUCUCAGCAGAGCCGACCUGAUACUGGAAAUGAAAGAUGGCUGCAUCAUUGCCAGAGGAAGCAUAGAUGACAUCAUUAAGGCCGAUCCUGAGAUGUACGAGGAGAUCAAACAGGUGUCAGCGGUGGGAUGGGACGACGAUGAAGCCGUCGAGAGCACUGAGGAGGAACGGUCAAAGUUGAAGCGAAGCGUUUCCAUCGUAUCAUCAGAACUUCUUCAAGGCGACGGGCAGUUAAUAGUGAAGGAAGAAAUGGUCCGUGGAGCUGUCUCUUACAAGACCUAUAUGUAUCUCAUGAACAACAUCGGCUGGCCUGUAAUCUGCUUUGUUGCCGUCGUUGUGGCCAUGCAGUCAACGCUGUCCGUUGUUAACAACUUCUGGCUGUCCAACUGGUCUCAAUCUGGCCUACUUCCACCCAACGAGACUGACAGAACUUACAGCGAGUAUCUUGGUGGAUAUGCAGGCCUCUCGAUCGGAACCGCAUUAAGUCAACUACUUCAAACCGCGGCUGUCAUUCUGUCUUUCACAUUGGCCGCCAAGCGCCUGCAUCUGAAAAUGCUACGGAAUAUCGUACAUGCACCGCUAAGGUUUUUUGACACCACUCUUGUUGGGAGGAUUCUAAAUCGAUUCUCAAAUGACACCCAGAUGAUGGACUUUAGACUUGCUAAUGCCUACAAUGGAUUCACAAUCAGCAUCAUGCAGAUAAUUGCGUCAAUAGUUGUCGUUGGUAUUGUCAUGCCAAUCUUCCUCGCCUUUGUCGUCCCGAUAGCCAUCUUGUAUUUCUUCCUCCAAAAGUACUACCUAGCGGCAUCCAGAGAGAUGCAACGGUUGGACAGCACCAGCAAAUCUCCAGUCAUUGCCUAUUUCUCGGAGAGUCUUGGCGGACUGACCACAAUCCGUGCUUACAGGAAAGAAAGCACCUUCUACAACACAAUCCUGACUCGAAUCGACAGAAACACAGCAGCGUUUCUUUACGUUCAGGUUGGGUCUAGAUGGCUCGGUACGAGGCUGGACUUCGUGGGAGCUGUGUUUGUGCUUCUUGCUACGUUGACCACGUUAGUUGGCACGCUGGUGUUCGAUUUUAUCAGUUCUAGUUUGGUGGGCCUAAGUUCCACUUACAGCUUACAGAUGUCUAACUAUCUAAACUAUCUCAUGAGAAAUCGGACGGAGGUUGAGAUGCAGAUGAACGCUGUGGAGCGAAUUCAGCACUACACGAACGUGGGCAGGGAGGACUACGGAGGGACCGAACCUUCAAAAGGCUGGCCUCAUACUGGAGAGAUACGAAUUGACAAUGUCUCGGUUCGGUAUGCAGAGGGUCUUGAUGCUGUGAUUAGGAAUGCGUCUGUGUUCCUCAAAUCUGGGGAGAAGGUCGGUAUAUGUGGCCGAACGGGAAGUGGCAAAUCCUCCCUCACCUUGGCACUGCUGCGAGUCAUAGAUGUCUUUGAAGGUCGGAUAUUCAUCGACGGUGUCAAUAUUAUGUCCGUACCACUUUUGACACUCAGGAGCAAGAUAUCCAUUAUACCACAAGACCCAGUGCUCUUCACAGGACCAAUUAGAGCAAAUUUGGAUCCCGAAAGGAACGUGUCCGAUGAUGAGAUGUGGCAUGCUCUCGAGAUUGCACAGCUGAAAGACGUUGUCACCCAGCUUGACGGAGGAUUAGAUGCAGUUGUUACAGAGGGCGGUGAGAAUUUCAGCGUUGGCCAGCGGCAGCUGUUCUGUCUGGCUCGUGCCUUCCUUAGGAAAUCCAAUAUUCUUAUCAUGGAUGAAGCCACAGCCUCCGUGGAUAUGGAAACGGACAAGAUAUUGCAAACCAUUGUUGCCACGGCCUUUGCAGAUAGAACAGUUUUAACAAUCGCACAUCGUAUAGCGACCAUCAGGUCCUAUGACAAGAUUAUCGUGUUGGACGGGGGUCGUGUGGCCGAGUUUGGAAGCCCUGACGAGCUCCUAGCCGACGAGGAUGGUAUGUUCACGGCGCUGGUCGGUGACGAGUGAGACAUCAGUGAUCAUCCAUACUUACAAGAUGAAACAGGAGCCAAUUUAGCCCUGUUCAACAGUCGACAGAAAAGUUGACCUAGCUAAAGCAGAAAUGUGUGCUAAUAUUAAACACUCCUUUAUUCUAACGGUAUACCUAAAAAUAUACAGAUGGCCUGUUGACAGAAAAUAGUAUACUUAACAGUGCCGUGAAAUUAGGACGUGACCUGAUGCUAGUAAAAUUGAUAUUCCUUUAUUCUAACGGUAUACCUUAAACAAUUCAGAGGGCCUGUUGACAGAAAAUAGUUUACUUUGAAAUUUAGGACAGUUUUUACAGUAAAUAGCAAACAAACUAAGGAUAAUGCCAAUUAAAUUAUGAUUUUAAUCACAAUGAAUUAAGGGAAGAUAAAUUUCAAUAUUACGGUAUUAAAAAGUUAUUCUGAAUUAAAGACUACAAUGUAUGAACCGUAGCUGAAUGUACAAGUCGGCGAUGCCUUCUGGCGACGGGCUAAUUAACUAAAAAAAAACCUGUUGUUUAAAUGUAUCUUUUAAUUUACUAUUGUCUAUAUAGUCCGGAGUGAUUUUUGUUUCUAUUCCAGCCCGUCCUCCAUGUACAAUCUUAACACCAAAGACUGCUUGUUUGAUUUAUGGGUUUGCUAAUAUUCAUUUUCUUAAUUAGAGGAUGCGCAACGAGUUCCAUAUUUUUUUGUGAUACAAUGUUUUUUUUGCGAUACAAUAUAUUUCAAAAUACCAAAGAUUUCUUAUCAAUGCCGUAGUGUUUUGUAGUGUGGUGUUUUGUAGAAACUGCUGUAGAUACUCUUGUAGUGGACAUAAUGCCACAACAAAGGACAACAACAAUGUGAAGGUAACAUUGUAAAUAAAUCAUUGGUGUUAUGAAUUUCGAUUGUCACAAUCACGUGAAGAUCCUGCACGUAAUGAUAAGUUUUCAGCCAAUGGUUAUACUGUCUUCCCAGUGUAAAACGACCAUUUUGGGUCAAACUAAUGCGCGAGCUUCUUUUCUUUCUUUUUUCCCCUGAAAUACCAGAGAAUGUUUCAACCAUUUUUUUUCGAGGACUGUAUUUAUAACUCGGAGUUAGUGACGGAAGUAAUUUGAAAGAACAGCGCUUGUGGGUAUCGGGUUUAUUGGGGGAAGUUGAUUUUGUGUGAAUUUGUCGAUCAGUCGCAUGGUUGAAAACUGAGAUGCAGCAGCGUAUUUGUUUAAAAAGCUCAAGUUUUUGGAAGCAUUGGCGAUAGAUAUUUGCACUCCAAUAUUAAUAUUUGUUACAUUUGAUUAUCGUGUAUGUAUUUUUUUGAAAGUGGAAAUGCACCCUAUUCGAAUGAAAAUUCACUCAAUUCAAAUUAAAUUCGGGCCAGGACGAUUUGGAGAUAAAUUCGUUCAAUCGAA